AUGGCUGGUCGCUCCUGUACAGGUGAGAUCUUGAAGUUGCCGGACGUCCGGCAAGCAAUGGAUCCCAGCAUUGAGGCGUUCAAGACCUUUGAUGUCGCGGUGUCGAAUCUCACCGUUAAAAAAAUCACUCAGCUCUUGAGGGACUACCUCUUGCCGGCCUAUCCAAAGAAGAAGGCGGAGCUGCUCAAUCGACUGCGCGAGUUUGCCGCACAUCCGGAGCAGUGGGCCGCGAAGCUUCUGCAGUCGGUCUCAGGGAAGAGCGCGCGGGGGAACAUCUCAAAGAAGCGGGCUGCAAAGAGCGGCAUCGACAAGAUGAUCAAGGGGACAUUUGGAGAGUCGGCCAAGGAAACUCACAAGUUCAACCCUAGGACCAUCCCCACUGCUCGUGAUCUUCAAAGCCCACCCGCUCUCGCGCCUGCAGUCAUCCGGAAUAACAAUAGCUGGUCUGAAGACGAUAUCCCCCACGAGCACCUGCGCUUCUUUACACUCGACACUGGGGAGACCUUCCCGUUCGACAAGCGCACGGUCCGGAACCCAGCCAGCAUCUCGUACGCACGCAACCUGUCAGCUCUCUUCAAAGAUUGGCACGAGUCCUCGCACCUGGUCGUCAAUGGGCGCGCGAUACCCAUCAAGAGCUGGCCGUUCUUCUUCCAGUCGUUGGUCGGUGUCCGGAAGGGCUGGAAGGUGCUCAAGCAGAAGUGGGGGAUGUGGAAGUUCAUAGUAGCGGAGCGCGAGUCCUUCCCCGAUGAUGACACAUUCUGGGCAGCCCACUCUGACCCAGACGGGACCCGGCACCCUCAACAGCGCAUUGCGAAUGACCUACAGGUGCGCCGCCUCGCCCAACAGGCCGAUCACUCCGCUCUCGUUGAGCAGGCCCUCAAGUUCUACGGAGGCAACCUCGCUCGAGCGGACGCGGGUGUGGAGAAGAAAGCGCCCAGGGAGGCGCGGUACUUCACGUACGUCCGGCGCAACGAGGUCGUCACUCUCAAGACACCGAGCAGGAUCGCGUCAGCAUGGCUGCAGCUGCUCACCGAUCGUCCCGACGUCGCUGCAGAGUGGGCCGCCAUGAGGGAGUGGGAGGAGAUCGAAGCCGAACUUGCGGCUGCCCAGGAAGUUGAGGAUGAGGAGGACGAUGAGGACGGCAACGAGGACGAUGAGGAUGGUGCUGUGAGUGCGUCCGGCCCAUUGAACCUCGCCAGCGACCUCGUUGGAGUCACGGCCGCUACCACAGACUUCAACUUCGACUUCGACUUCGACUUCGACUUCAGCUUCGACUUCUGCAACUUCAACAUCACCAACUCUUUUGCAGAGGGCACGUCGGACCCCUCUGGCAGCGACCUCGCUGGAGUCAAAGCUGUCGAGUCCGAGACGGACUUCGACAUGGACUCCUUCUUCGCUGCUGCCAUGUAG